AUGGGUCUUAUUAAUAGUGCUAAUAAAUCUGAUGACCUCCAGUGUUUGUUUGACGAAUAUAAGAUGAGAAUUAAAGCAGAAACUCACCUACCGUCUAGUCCACUGAAGCCUCUGAUUCAAUUUGUACAAUCAGUUGGUGAAUCUAUAUUCGACAAAAGAAACUCAAUGUUAUGCUUUAGUGCUAGUCUUUUAGAUCAUGAAUUCAAAGAGAUUUGUCAUGGUCUAAUAAUAGUAAGAACUUGCGAUAUUAAAUUCCAAUAUGUGAAUAAUAAACAAACUGUUGUUCUAUUCUGGCCACUUCACGGUUUGCGAUGGUAUGGAAGGAGUAAAUCUUUAUUUUUAUUUCAGUCAGGUAGUCGAUGCAAACUAGGUCCAGCACUUUUCAUAUUUCGAUGCAAACAUCCCAAAAGACUAGUUUCGUGCAUUGAGAAACGAAUAAACUCACUCUUACAUCUUAGUCGAAAUAUGACGUCUAUCAUGAAAUAUCUGCAUCCAAUACAGGAUUUGUGUUUAGAUCGUAAAACAACUUAUUCGCCACCAGAAGCGAAACUUAAAAUGAAAUCGGUUGGUUCUUCAAAGUCACUAAGCAAAGAAAAUAAAGAACAAUCUCAUGCUAUCAGACCUGUUCUUUCUUCAUCAUCUGUAGUGUUCAUUCGCGGUCCAGAUGACUAUCUGCUCCCACAUAAUAUAUCUGAGAGAAAUACGCUUACUUUCGAAUCCGUAACAGAAACGUUCACUCCUCGUGUAGAAUCAUCAACAUUUAACCAGAUUUAUUCGGAUCUAUCAAAUGUAAACUAUCUUGAAGUUGCUAUUGCUCCUAACUUACCAUUGAUGAGUAAUUACCAAAACAACAAUAUCACUGAACGAGGAAGAUAUGUUGUAAUUGUUUCAACACCACAUUUUAACAGCCCUUCCACAAAUUCAAUGACAAACAUUCACUUUCCAUUUAAGAAAUGUCCAAAUAAUGUAUAUUAUCCGGAACCGUGGUAA